GGGUUUCCAGUUACAUUCCGAAGCUAAUCAGCUGUAGCAUCAUGAAUCUGUGGAUCAGCAGUCAACUCCUGGUAGUGGGGCUGUUUCUAAGCACCUCGGCUCUGACACCUGAAGAAUGCCAACCCUUGGUCACACCUCUGUCUCUGGCCGACCCUUCCAUAAUGUACGGCAGGACGAACUUCAUCAUGGGUUACACUGAUAAUGAAGUAUUUAAAGGUAUCCUGAAGCUAACCAAGAGCUGCUGGUUAAACAUCACCCCGUCAUCAAAUGUCACUGAAGCUUUCAUGUCUCAGGAGAACAAGAUAAAUGGAACCUGCUGGAGCUCAACUUUCAACAUAACUAUUGACGGCAACACUGCAUCAGCAUCACUCGCGAACUUCAGCUCAGUGAUCCAUGUGUUGCCGAGCUGUGAUGGCUGUCUGCUCAUGAGCCUGAACAGCACUGCCAGAAACCUCGACAAGUUACUGCACAAGAUGAAUUUCAACAGCAACAUUACAGAGGACGAGAUCCACGCUCAGGCUCUUUAUUUGAUGAUUUUCUUUCCAGCCAGAGAGUCGACCCUAAAGGACUCGGACAUGGAACAUUUCAAGCAGCAGGCGAGCUGCCUCGGCUUCUCUGGAGAGCCAGACUACCUCUACGACCCCAAAAAUGAGUUCUGUGCUGAAGGCGAGGGCAUUAAGAUGACGUUUGACUGAAUUUAAGAACAAUUGUCAUGAAUAUUUCAAACUGAAAUCGAGCAAGUAAAGAAACAAUUAGACUUAAAACAUCAAUAAUGUGGUCCUUGUUUUUAUUUAGAAUUGAAUAAAAUGGUGUAACACCAAGGUUUUUCAAACUGUGAAGGCCAAAACACACCGGCAGCGAAUGCAACACCUCAAAAAAUAUGCCCCCAAUUAUUUUCAGUCUACAACCCAACACUGGCAGCAGCUAGAUAUGCAUCGGUGCUCCUGGACACGCCGCCCCGUGGCACUUCAUGCCACCAGAAUUAAAUGCAUUUUUCCCCUACUCACUUUCUGUUUGUACAUACCAGCUCCCAUAGCAGCUCUUUUUCUCUGCUCCUAUGGCAGCUCGACUUCUCUCCUCACCAUGGAUGUAUAAAGAAAACUUUGGAGCUGUUAUUGUGUCUCAUGUGUGACGAAGCAACACACUCUCACUCCGACCUUGUCACAUAUUGAUGUACUUGGUCAUGGACGCUGUGUCAAGUUAAGCCUAUUACGUGCAUUGUCCUCUUUCAAAAUUCAUCUCUGUUUUCACAGGAAAUUUAACAUUUACAUACAGUCUCUUUCAAAAUAAACACACUACGUCUAUACAACACAGCGAAUUGACGUUUUUUCCCUUCAACAACAAAAACACGGUUAGGUUUAGAAAUAAAAGAACAGGGCUUGGCUUUAGAAUCUUGCGGGAUCCCACCGCUCUCUCAGGUGAAAGUCUGUGUUUGUUAAAAAAUCAAGUUUAAUUAGGGGCUGUCCACACAUGAUUUUAAGCUAAUGCAGAGGUGGAGGAAGUACAGAUCUUUCAGUAAAAAUAGUAAUAAUUUUGCAUGGUCAUCUUUUGACGAGCUGCAGCGCAACAUGCGCAGGACCGGUGUGUUUUCAGCUUGAGUUGCCACCCCAGGGGGGAGUGGGACACUUGAAAAGGGGGUGUAGAGGAAAAGAGGUGAGGUAAUAAUACUGUGUGAGGUGACAGGGACAGGUGGUGCAUACAGGUGUUCUAACAACAGGAAGUAUCUUAUUGUAGUUUGGCUGCUGAUUUGACCGCUCACCGACAUGAUCAGCAGUUGGAGCCACAGCAGUUACUUUAAAUCUAGCAGAGACUGAAAGCUUCAAUUUGCAUCAAAAAUCAUUUCAUGGGGUCAUAACAUGAUCUAUACUUCCUAACGAUAUCAUUAUCUCCAAUGUCCAUCCAGAAUUAACAUCCAUCUACUUAGUUAUCAGAUAAAAAAAGAUGCUGCAGAACUUGCAUAAAAACAUCAUGUGUUAAAGUUUUCUUCAGUAUCCCAGUAAUCCAGUGAAAAUUGUCUGUACAUCCAUGAGAACACUGCAGACAGGAACUGCUAAUAGAUCAUUCAGCAGACUUUUAAUGGAGACAAUUAGACCAAAUGAAAACUUUAACAAAUGACCGGUGACCAGCUGGUAAGUCUCAGAUAAAGUAGAUGUUGUAAGUUGAAAAAGUACUCGAAUGUAAAUGAGAGGAGAACAGAAUGAUGAAUUAUCCUAUAAAGGCCUAUAAUAAAUAUAUAAUAUAUUUUCAGAUUUGACACAAACGUUAACUUGGAUUCAAUGAUAAACUGAUUAGAUUUUGAUGGUCAAAGGUCAAGGUCACUGUGACUUUGCAAUUGGUCUCCUUCUUGUGAAUGCAAUAUCUCAAGGGUGCCUUGAUGGAAUUUGUUCAAAUUUGGUAAAAAUGUUGGACUCAACGAUGAACUGAUUUGAAUUGGGUGGUUGUAGGUCAAAGGUCAACGUCACUGUGACUUUGUAAAAUGUGUUUGUGGACAUAACUCAAGAAUUCAUGCAUUUUUUCUCAAAAAUGUCUGUCAGAAUAAAAUGAUAAAGUGAUGACAUUUUAUAACCAAAAGGUCAAAGGUCAGCUUCACUGUGACAUCAUCAACGUCAUAUGUCAGGAAAAGAAGGGGAGACAUUUGGUCAAAUACUGAAUUGGUGACACUGAUCUUCAAACUGUGCUGAUUGUAUAGAUCUUCUGUGUGUGAAGCAUCCAUGUUUUCACAGAUAUGGAUGGAAACUGUAAAGUCCAGUUGAGACCAAAGAUUUGUGAGGAGAGAAAACUGUUUUAGAAAGCUGCAGAGAAACAUUGCAGCAGUGUGAACUGGCUGGUCUGAGCUCGACUCAUGCCAGCUGAUGGUGUCACCUGCAACUUAGCUGGUCAAAUCACCGGCGGCUGCUUUCAAAGCACGUCACCUGUUUCAACAGCCAAUUAGCUUAUAGUGAAGUUCGCUGGUCAAUUCAAAAUGACUGCAGACGGCAUCUUCGCUUGCUCGACACGGUGUGCCAGUAUCGGACGGUGGGUCGCUGCUGCUGCUUGUUGUGUGUGCUUGUGCCCCGCCCAAACACACAUUCUCAUUGACUGAUUAAUUGGCGCUGGAUAUUUAUUUUAUUGUGGCGUAGUGAUUAUGAAUACAGUCCAUCUGAUGCUGGUUUUAUUUCAUCACUACUACAAAUGCAACUGUGGCCAGUAUCUCACUAUCCUCAGCCUCAUUCAUAUUCUAAGAAGCUACAAAUAUUAUUCAGCCACAAAAUAGGCCUGAAAAGCUGCAAAUCAGAAUAGCAG